CAAAGCUGUCACGUGACUGUGCGUUAUAAGCGCCGGAGCUCAGGACAGAACAACUGAGUUGAGGACACAGAGCACGAUGAACAGCCUGUUGACUUUCACCGUCCCCCUAUUAUGCAGCACCUUGGUCUGGGGCGGAUACCUCGAAGAUGAUCAAGAUGUCUUGGUCCCAGUGGACUGGGCCCAUGUCAGCAGGCUUAGCCCCUCUGAGGAGCUGGAGCUCACCUUCGCUUUGAAGCAGCAGAAUGUUCACCAGCUGGAGGAAACUCUCCGAUUGGUGUCGGACCCUGACUCGGCACAGUAUGGUAAGUACCUGAGCCUGGAGGAAGUUGCUUCCCUUGUGCGCCCAUCAGAGCUGACCCAGAAGGUGGUGCACCAUUGGCUGCAGAGUCAUGGGGUGACAAACUGCCUGACUGUUCACACUCAGGACUUCAUGCAGUGCACCAUGAGCAGAGAGGUGGCAGAGAUGCUGCUGCCAGGUAGCAAGUUCCACCGUUACAUCAAAGACGGCCAUUCUCUGGUGAGGUCAUCAUCUCCGUACUCUGUCCAUGAUGAUGUUCACCAGCACCUUGACUUUGUUGGAGGGCUUCACCGCUUCCCUCCCAACAGACAGGACCUCAGCAAAGCAAAAAAAUCCAGUGGCAAGCAUACACAUUUGAAGGCGUGGCUGCACCUCGGAGUGACCCCUGCCAUCUUGAGGCAGCGCUACAACCUGACAGCAGCCGAUGUGGGAUCAGCUCAGAACAACAGUCAGGCUGUAGCUCAGUUCUUGGAGCAGUAUUACCACCCUGCAGAUCUGGCUGAAUUCAUGAGCAUGUUUGGGAGCAGUUUCAAGCAUAUGUCAAAGGUGGACCGGGUUGUCGGCACCCAGGGAGGAGGCAAAGCCGGUCUGGAGGCCAGUCUGGAUGUAGAGUACAUCAUGAGCACAGGGGCAAACAUCUCUACAUGGGUCUUCACUAACCCAGGCCGGCAUGAGUCCCAGGAGCCUUUCCUCCAGUGGAUGGUUCUGCUCAGCAACAUGUCAGACUUGCCCCAUGUCCACACUAUCAGCUAUGGGGACGAUGAGGACAGUCUGUCUGCUGCCUACAUGAUGCGUAUCAACACUGAGUUUAUGAAGGCUGGCGUCAGGGGCAUCUCUCUGCUCUUUGCUUCUGGUGACAGUGGUGCUGGCUGCAGACAUCUGACUAAAGGACGAAACUCCUUCAGGCCCAGUUUUCCAGCAUCAAGCCCAUUUGUAACCACAGUAGGAGGAACCUCAUUCAAGAACCCCUUUAAAGUGACUUAUGAAGUUACAGAUUACAUCAGUGGGGGAGGUUUCAGCAACAUCUUCAAGAUGCCCGACUACCAGGCCAGUGCAGUGGACAGCUACCUGAAGGCUGUUGCGGCCAGUCUACCACCGCAGACGUACUUCAACACCUCUGGCAGGGCCUAUCCAGACAUGGCUGCUCUAUCUGAUAACUACUGGGUGGUCAGCAAUAGAGUGCCCAUCCCCUGGGUCUCAGGGACCUCGGCAUCAACCCCCGUGGUCGGAGGCAUGCUGGCUCUCAUCAAUGAUCAGCGACUACUGAAAGGCCUGCCUGCCCUGGGAUUCCUCAAUCCUCGCCUCUACAAACUCAAGGGACAGGCCCUAUUCGACGUGACAGAGGGCUGCCACCUGGGCUGCCUGGAUGAGCAGGUUCAGGGGAAGGGUUUCUGCGCUGCACCAUCAUGGGACCCUGUUACAGGCUGGGGAACACCAAACUACCCGGCUCUGUUGGCUGCCCUGUUGAAGUGAACACCUCCUACAGCAGGGGGCCGCCUGAAUCUUGAACCAUCAGGCUAGCCUCUGUCCUGCACGGAGGUAGAGUGUAUACAUCCUGACCAGGUAAAUGAUGCCAAAGGAAACAUGAAGAAAGAGGGGGUAAAAAAAAAAAAAAAAAAGAUGCCUACAAUAGUUUUAUGCUUUAUUAUUUUACUCGGAUGUAUGGCCAAUCCAGUUGAGAACGAAACACUGUUAAUCAAGUGUGCUGAAUUUUUUUUUUUUUUUUUUAGUAUUUUUUUAAUCAUAACUUCUAUCCAUUGAAGGAUAGGUGUGAUUGUGAUUUUUUUUUUUUUUUUUAAAUACAUUUAUGGUAAUUACGUUCAAUCCAUAUCUCCAUAAUGCCUUAGUAGACUUUUGUGCAACAUGGCUUAAACCUGUUGGUUUUUAUUAAUGUCAGUAUAUACACAGCGAUGUGCAUCAGCCUUUGUUUUCCAUAAAUGAACACAGCAAUGAUAGCUAAAAUAUGCAUACUUAUCAAUCCACAUUCAUCUAAAGCCAAUUUAACACCAGGCCUUAUUGUGUGCAAUCUGUGUAUUGGAAGAAAUCAUCUGUCAGAUUAAGUGUGUUUUACUCAGGUUUGCUUUGUAAAUAGUAAGUUUUGAGAUGGCCAAAGCCUCAAGUUUUCUUUGAUUAUUUUAGAAUAUAUGGCCAUGCUAAACGAGUCUACAGGGAUUAACCUCAUGAUUAUUCAGAUUCAUCUAACGAUGAAAAUGUUUGCACCCGUCAGUUCUAAACGUGUUGCUCUUGUCUUCUGUGAGUGGACCGCGCCAUGUGUGAGGAUGUGUUCACCUAAAAUGUGAAAGAUGAAAAGGGCCUGCAAACUUGAUUUUAAAUUAUUUAUACUCACUGUAAUAAUGCACUGUCCAUUUACGUUAUGCUGUACCUGUAAACCAGCCUAAUGCACUAUAAUAUACAGUAUGAUGCAAAAGUGAAUCAGCAGUUCUGCCCACCAGCGUCACCACACUUCUUUCCAGUCCUUUAUCAUGUAAAUAGUGUAGCCCAAAUAGCUUAUGAGACUGUGGUGUUGAUUCAUUUAAUAAAGAUGACUUUUUAUUUGGAA